CUGAAAAUAUGUCUUUAACUAUAAGGAUAAAAAUGUUAAAAUUAUUAAAUCUUAUGAUAAAUUUAUUGUUUGACGGGGUAGGAAGAAAAUCAAGACAACGUUACUCCAACUGAGUUAUUUUACCAAAGUCAAAAUUGUUUUGAUCGAGGUGGUUUUUGACCUAUAAAUUGGGUGCUAAUAGCUUUCCUUCUUUCCCUUCUCUCGUUUUCUUCAUCUUCCUCUGCACCAUCAUAUACAUACACACAUAUGACAUGUUAUGUAUGCAUCAUGGACAGGCAUCGCCUCGGCCACAUAUUCAUCUCUAUCUUCUUCCCCGUACGGCCCUGACUGUAACGAAUAAUAUCCUGCGGCUCUGAUUUCUUGUCGUGUCUUCCUAUAGAUCACAUCAUUUUCCACCUUAUAAUUCGUAGUCAUCUGCUAAAUUCUCUCUGUAAAUCUUCCAACUCGUCGAUAUCACAAGUAGAUGAAGCUCUGAAGUGUGCAACUUGAAAGUGACAUUGCUGAACAGUCUAGUUAAGUUCUUGUCAGACUUGAAGGUGAAUUGGUGGUAUAUUUAUAGCAAGCUGUAAGUUCCAAUCAUCAUGCCUGAGAAAUCUCAUCCCAACAACAACGGAAAAGCUGUACAAUCCAUAGAACCUCACCAAUCUGCAUGGCUCACACAUUGGACAGGAACAAGAUUUGAAUCAAGCACACAUGUUCCUUCAACUCGCCUUAUUCGAAAAGAAGAAGAUGAUCUUGAUAUGAAGAUACACACAAAGGGAGUUGACAUAGCAUCUGAUAGCUGUGGAUCUUCAAAAGGGAUCAACGACUUGGAAUUAGCAAUGAGUUUAAAGAAACCAGGUACUCAAUCUUUCCCAUUUUUCAAACGAGGUCAAGAAAGUGGGAGAAGUUUCAUAAUGAACGAAGUAGGUCAAGCUCAAGCAUUAGGACCUCAAGUUUCUCACAUGAAAUCAGCAGCUGCUUUGAAUAUAGGAUCUUCAUCAAGAGAAUGUCAUUUUCAACGUGAAGAAGCAUCACAAAUUCCUUCUGAACAGGUGAAGUAUCACAUGUUUUUUGGUGAAAGCCAAACAACCCAUGGACCAGAAAACAUCAGCCAGCUUAAAACCAUUUUCGCAUCCAAAAACCACUUGCCAAAAACUAAUUCAGUAGCCAUGGAACAAGAACACAAGAUGUCAUCUUUUUUAAGACAAGAUAAUGUAUCCCUUUUGAAGACUGACCCUUCUACAAGCAGCAAUUCUUCACCUUCUUUAAUUGCAGAACAAUACAAAAGGAUGCAAAAACAUAUUGGAAUGGGAUUCUUUCCACAUCAAAGUUGUCCAGAAGUGAUCAAACCAGGGACAAUGCAGUCAUUUCAAAAUGUUUCACAUUUAGAGGGUCUUCACAGUUUUUCCAGGACAACUCACAGUGUGUUAAUCACAAAACAAACUGAUGUUAAAGUGUAUCAAGAAAAGCAGAUCUUUAGGGAGUCCAUGGUAUCAACUCGGCUUAAAGAAGAAACUGUAAGGGAGGUCAACCGCAGCCCUGCAUAUUUUGCUAAUAGUCAACGAGGGGUAAAGCUUCAACUUUUGGAGUCUUCAGAUCAAGAAUCUCAGGAAAAGAUUGAAGAUGUUCAAAAAAAUGAGUCAUCAGCUGAUACUGACACCAUGGAUAUGGAAUCUUUCAAGGAGAAUCAUCUUUCUGGUGUACAAUUCUCCCCACGAACCAAGGAGAUGACAAUGGAGUCAAAUAUUCCCAUUUUACCCUUGUCAAAACCAAAAGACACACACAGAAAACGUAAAAUGGAACUCCCGGAUAUUAACCUAGAAAUAUCCUCUCUCCCAGCUUCAUCAAGCUCAACUGAAAAAGAAAAAGAAAAAGAAAAAGAAAAAAGCGACCCAUGCACAUCAAGAACACAAAGCCUAGACAUCAACCUUGGCCACACAACUAACUCAAACUCAAACUCAUGUGGCCACACAACUAACCAUGGUUCAGAGCCAGGUAGCCGUUGGAUCAAACGCCUCAAGCUGACCGGGUCAAGUUUGCUUCCAAAAACUUCACCUGAAAACAAGCUUUUUACAAAAGUAAAAGUGGGCCCACCAUCAGAAACUGUGAUAGCUGAAUCUAGUGAUCGUCAUAAUAAUAAUAAUAAUAAUAAUAAUAAUAAUAAAGAGGUUGUUGGACUUUCGAAUGCUUGGAUUCAAAGAUGGAGUAGUAAUCAGGGGCAAAAGAGUCCGGUGGUGGAAAGAAUUGAAAAGGGAGACUGUAAAGUGGGGCCUCCGGAGGAAGAUGAGAAAAAGCAGUUUCCGAGUAUUGCUGCAAUGGCGUUGAUGGGGAAGGCCAUGAGUGGGUUUCAACAGUGUAAGUUUCAGAAAAGGGAAUCGUUUAUGGUUUGGAAUACCAAAGGUUUUGAGUAAUAUAUAGGUUUCAUACAGUAUGCAAGAAAACGGUAAUUUAGGUCUCUUUUUUUUUUUUUUUUUUUUUUUUUUUUUUUUUUUUUGUUGGAGUCGGUUUGUUUGUAUCUACUUGAUAACUUCAUUUUGGUUAUGGUAAUGUCGGUGUUUUUAUGGAAUUAAGUUAGCCUACAAACCUUUUAGUGGUUGCUAUUGAGGUAUUAUUAACAUAAUUAUUAGUUUAUGCAUAAGUGGUUUGGUGGUGACAUGUAGGAAUAUCAAAGAGGUUUUAGAUUUAAACCCGGAUAUUGUGAUUUGUGUUUUCCUAUUGUGGAGUCUUUUUGCAAUGUAAUUAGUAGAGUAAGUUGUAGAAAUUGUCCAUACAAGUUGGUGAAAUCCUCACGUUUUGUUGAUCUUUGAUUUAUUUGUAUGGACAACACUCUUGGUUUCAUUUUAUGGAAAUUUGGUACUUGGAUUGUUAA